AUGGGCGACGAUACCCCAAGGCCCGACACUGCCAAGAAAUUCAGACUCACACGCACUCGAAGUAAUAUCUCGUCGACAUCCUAUCCACGUAUCCCGCGGCGAUCUUCAUCCCUAUAUAGUGCAGGAAACAGCACUGACGGCCCGCCCACGUCAACACGAACCCCGUCUUACAGCAGCAGUUCAUAUCAGAUUGAAGUCACAAAAAGAAGAACAAACGAUCAACAAUAUUCUCAAGGCACAGGGAAUUUUCUUUGGAAAUCCCUAGAGGACCCAUUCUCCGACUCAAUGAUUAUCCCAGAGGCCCCUACCAAAUCACAAAAGCGAGAUCAGAACGCCCGACGUCGAAAUUCUCCCCAUGGUUUGCAGAUUCGCUGGAGCUCUGGAUCUUACAGCGAUUCUCUGCCAAGUCUGCCAUUGUCAGACUCCUCCAUUGGAACAAAGCCUUCAUCGAACCUAGGAAAUCUUUCAAAUGGAUCAAAAUGCUGGGAAAACUCACAAUUUCUCUGUCCGAUGGAUCUGCCAAUCGCUUUUGUUGAUGUACAGACAACCACCAGUCCACCACAAAUCGGGUUUGGCAAAGAAAGCGUGACGACCACGAUCACUGUCUCUGCCGAUGUCAGUUUCGUUCCACUACCAGAACCGUCGAGCCUUGCGCCCCUCGAUAUCGUUAUUCUCCUUGAUAGCUUACCCACCGCACCUGGCCACUCCCUCACACAGUUUAUCCUAGGAUCAACGAUUUUGGCUUCGCAUACAAUUCAAGGUCAGGAUCGCAUUGCUCUUGGCUAUGUGAAUGAAGCGUUCACGAAUCACUUCCAGUUAUUGCUUCCAUUGGGUUUCCAUUCCGUGGACAAUAUUCAGGCCGCUCUCAAUAUCUUUUCCCAUCGCUCGCGGGCUGGCAACACGAAAAGAUAUAACUUUGAAGUCGCCAUUCGUGAAUCUUCCAGGGUUUUCAGCGCUUCGCCAAGAAUUGCUUACUGCCACUUAUUUUUUCUUUCUUCGGUUUCGCCCGCAAAUCGCGCCUCCAACAACCAGGUACCUUGGAUCGAUAAAGCCAUUGGUUUCCACACAAUCACGCCCCAGAGCUACUGUCCUAUCAAUCACAUGAAUCGCCAACCUGGGUGGCAUAUAUUUUAUGAUCUUGAAGAAAUUGGCAGCGAGAGGACUCAUUUCGCCCAGAGGAUUGCCAAAGCCCUUCGGCACAUUCGUCUUGGUAUACGUCACGGGUCCCUUGAUCAUAUCAAAAUCGGUUUGACCCCAGGGCCGGGGUGCCAAAUAGAGCCGGUCGCCAAAUUCUAUCAGAUCACAUCACUUCGCCCUGGAGAAGUAUGGAGUCUUCCAAUAGAUGUCAUAAUCCCCGUCGCGUUUCAGGAAACGGAUAGAGAGGAACUCCAAAAACUACCCCAACUCGCUAUGGAGACAAUUGUUGGAAUCAACAAAUUCUUGAUGGGCUGGGUCAGAGAUCUACCUGAACAAAUCCUCACUGUUCAGGUUGAAUAUGAGCAUUCACUUCUUCCAACAAUUUGCACUGUCAAUCACGAAACCUAUGUCACCAGUCUACGCAGCCGACGUGCAAGUCAUGACAAGGCAGACUUAGAGAACCCGAGCACCACUUUUGUUCAGCCCGGCGAAAAGUUUACGUUCAGUUUGGCAUAG